CGAGUUUGCCAGUUUAGCAGUUCACCAGUCUACCGGAAUUCGUCGUCAGAUUAGUGAGUUUAGUUUUUAUUCGUAAUCAGUCGGAAAUCGGCAGUCGGGAGUUUUCUUCAUUCGUUCUUGUUGGAUUUUCUUCUUUCCCCUUAAAAUUUUUUUAAAAGUUCUCAAUUCUUUCAAAAUAGAAAUUUUACACGGAUGAAAUUUGUACACCAACUGUGCAACAAAGCUAUUUGAAUUUAUUUUAGCUACACGGGAAACUUUGUGCGCGUUUCGUUUGUGAUAAAGGGAAAUUGAAAUUGAAAAAAUCCAAAGUGAAUCCUAAAGAAAAUAAACACACUAUCGGAGUUUUAUCUAUUCGACACGUCAAAAAGUGUGUUGUGCACGAAUGAGGGAAGAAAUCGCGUUGACAAGCAGUAGCAAAGCCUUGUAACAACAGUAAACCAAACAAAGUCAACUUCAGAUCAAAUAGCAUAAAUACACAAUACAUAACUGCAAAUAUAUACAAUAGCAACAAUAAAAGCACGAAACUAACAAAUCGAGCAACAUCAAUCGUCAAGCGUCAAGAAUCGAGAAUUUACAAAUAAAUAAACCAAGUUAACAACCACGACGACGACUAACACCGAUUCGAAAUCCAAACAUUUCCGUUAGAACUGAAACAAAAAAACAACAAAGUUGCCAACUACUAACUCAGCAAAACGCGAAUACAAAGCAAAAUAAAAACAAAAUAGGUGAAUUAAAAAAAUAUAAAGUUUUUGUUACAAAAAAAAAAAUAAAUAAAAAAUAAUUAGUAAUCCUAAGUAAAAGCGGUAAAAUACCACUAAAACAGCAACAACAACUACUACAGUAAGCAUACAUAGUAGUAGUACUCAUAGUAGCAGUAGCAACUGUAGAGGAGCAGUAAACUAAGAGCAACCAAAAACAAAAAUGUCAUUUCGCGUUGUACGAAGUUCGAAAUUUCGUCACGUCUACGGUCAGGCACUGAAACGUGAGCAAUGCUACGACAAUAUACGCGUCUCAAAAAGCAGUUGGGACUCCACAUUCUGUGCGGUGAAUCCGAAAUUCUUGGCGAUCAUUGUAGAGUCCGCUGGCGGCGGAGCAUUCAUUGUACUGCCACACAAUAAGGUUGGUCGCAUAGCUGCCGAUCAUCCAUUGGUGGGAGGCCAUAAAGGCCCCGUUCUAGAUAUUGCCUGGUGUCCGCACAAUGACAAUGUCAUCGCCUCCGGCUCUGAGGAUUGUGUGGUUAAGGUUUGGCAAAUACCCGAUGGCGGUCUGUCACGCACGCUCACCGAACCAGUUGUCGAUUUGGUGUUCCAUCAACGUCGUGUCGGUCUUGUGCUUUGGCAUCCAUCAGCAUUGAAUGUUCUGCUGACGGCGGGUUCGGACAAUCAGGUUGUCAUUUGGAAUGUGGGUACUGGCGAAAUACUCGUUCACAUCGACUCGCAUCCGGAUGUUGUAUAUAGUGCAUGUUUCAACUGGGACGGUUCGAAAUUGGUGACCACAUGUAAGGAUAAAAAGAUACGUAUCUAUGAUCCACGUAACGGUGAAAUAGAAAGCGAAGCACUUUGUCACGAAGGAUCGAAGGCAACGCGUGCCAUCUUCCUGCGUCAUGGUCUCAUCUUCACCACCGGUUUCAAUCGUUCAUCGGAACGUCAGUAUUCGCUGCGCGCACCUGAUGCUCUUAAUGAACCCAUCGUCAUGGUGGAGUUGGACACAUCAAACGGUGUGAUGUUCCCACUUUACGAUGCGGACACGAAUUUGAUUUACCUAUGCGGUAAAGGCGAUUCUGUUAUACGCUACUUUGAGAUAACGCCCGAGCCACCGUUCGUGCAUUACAUCAACACAUUUCAAACGCCAGAUCCCCAACGUGGUAUUGGCAUGAUGCCAAAGCGUGGCUGCGAUGUCACAACCUGCGAAAUAGCUAAAUUCUACCGGCUAAACAAUAACGGCUUGUGUCAGGUGAUCUCGAUGACAGUGCCGCGUAAAUCGGAUCUCUUUCAAGAGGAUCUGUAUCCGGAUACCUUAGCCGAAGAUGCGGCACAAACUGCCGAGGAUUGGAUUGCGGGAAAUGAUGCCGAACCAUUGACAUUUUCAUUAAAAGAUCGUGUCUCUAUUGUACAGGGUGGCUAUGUCUCACAAUCGGCCAGCAAGUCGCUGUCGGUGACAAAGAAGGCGAACAUCCUCAACAAGGCCUCAGCGGGCACCUCGAAGAGUGCGAGCAGCGCAGCGCUUGGUGGUAAUCAUGCGACAUCGAAUAACAACAAUGCAUCGAGCGGGUGCGGUUUUGUGAGCGGUGUCAGUGAAAAGGAUCUGCGCGAUAUCACCGAUGAGAUACGCAAAUUGAAGGCGAUCAUUGUGAAGCAUGAGAAUCGUAUACGCGCGCUGGAGGCGGCUGUGCGCGCACAAGAAGGCGACGAUACCGAUUCACGACCAGCGGCGGCGCCCGUCACUGCCGGCAAUGGCAAUUCUUCGUCCAAAGCGGCCACGGAUGGCGGCGCGCAAAAGGAGAGCAACGAUAAUAGCAGUGCCAACGAUCAGAGUCAUCCGACUGCCGCGAACGACGAUGAAUUUUAAUUAAAAAUUUAUAUAUAACUAUUUUUAAUUAAACUUGCUGCGCGACGCUUUAUCGAUUCAAAAUACGUUUCGUUUGUAUUAAUAUUAAUAUUAUUUUAUCGAUUUUUUAAUUUAUUUUUAAAAUAAUAUAUAAAUAGCUUUUCCACCUUUUAAUUUUAUGAAAACCAGAAAGAUACAUUUUCAUUAUUACAUUUUAAAAUAAAAUUAAAAAAUUUAUAUAUAUACAUAUAUUGUUUGUAAAUUGUCAAUACAUACAUACACACACACACGCGCGCCCUAUCAAAAAUCAGUAUAAAUGUGCUUUAGUUAGACCAUAAAAAAUAAAUCGCAAAUAACUAUUAAAAACAAGAAAUAAUAUAAAAAGAGGAAACUUGUUAGAAAAUCGUUAAAAGUUGUCUGUAACUAAAAAACAACACAAAAUAAAGCAAAACGAAAACUUGUAAAUUACCAUUGUAAAAGAGUAGUUAUAACUUGA